UUUUUCAGGAUAGUAAAAAUAACUUCCAUAGAAUUUUGUUCGAAACUGUCAAAUUUUAUGUACUAACCUUAAAAGCUGUUGAUCAAAUAUCAAAUUAAAAAAAAACAAACAGAAACAUCAAAGAUUAUUCUCUUCUCUGAGAAACACUAUUAUCUCUGCACAUAUCAUUCCUCCUACAUAUCAAUACUAUGCUGCAAUGGCUACAUCCUGGAGCAACUCUGUACCACGUAGCAAAAAACUCGACGAAGGUAUUCAUAUGCUGAAAUCCGUUUCUUUGGAAAUUUUUCAAUGGAUACUGGGAAAAAUCCAAACUAAAGAAAUAUUCACAGACAAUGACAUUGAAAAUUUGAUGAAAAAGCUGAAAUUGAGUGAAUUGAAAGUAAAGCAUAUUAUAGAAACCGUUUCAUAUUUACACAAGCACUUGUCCAAGAUCAUAUUGAAGCCUGCAGAAUUGGAGAAAGCAUUGAUCGAAGAUUUCAAUAUAGAAGAGGAUAAAGCUCAUUCAUGGAUCAAGAUUUGGACAGAAGAUAUCAGUCAAAAUUUCAAUUUAGGAAAUAUAAAUGAGCUUCAAAGUAUAACAUGGGAAUUGAAUUUAGAAGCAGCUUCAAAUUUAUCCAGAAAGAAAGCAUUACCAACUGCAUCUAUCCAGCUGAAUGGCACUAUUGAUAAUACUGUGCUGCAUUUAAACGAAGAGGAAUUAGUUCAUUUAUACAAUACCCUAGAGAAUAUACAAGCCAAACUGGAUAUGUAAAUACAUCAAGGUAAGGAUAUAAAUAUAUUGGUUAUCAUCAAGACUUUGAUUUAGGCGGUAUUAAAGAAUCCAUUUCAAUCAAACAAAAAAACAGUUAAUCAUAAAAUAUUUAAUUACAUUAAAUGUGU